GUUUUGGCAGGCUGCCUUUCCUUUUACUUCUAUUUCAUAAACUAAUGGCGCCAAUGGUAGAAACCAACAAAUCACGAACAACAACCUUGAAAAAACUUGCAAAAUGGACUCCUUCUUCAAACACUUCUUUUAAUAAAAAGGGUAUCGCCAGCCCAUUAAGUCCCGACGCACCAUUUGUUCCUGUGCAUUAUGAUCAGUUACAACAAGGUUCUUUAUAUAUCAUAAAAAUUAAACAAGUGAGUCUCGCUCUUUUUGAAGGAUGGAAUGAUGAUAUGUGCUGCUUUUCGAUUCUUCGUUCCGAGGUAGAGCCUAUGCGAUGGUCAGAAGCAAGACAGCUGCCAGGUGAUUUUGACAUAUAUGACGCAUUUGAUGAGUGUGGAAAUCCGCCCAUUCAUCUAUGGAGUAGAUAUUUGAAAACAAAUGUUCCAAGCAAUUGGUUCUAUAUGUUUGAAGAAGCAAGACUGAAACAACGUGCAUGGUUUAGAGAACAUGAUGAAUAUAUCCGACAGACCACAACGACCGAACAAGGACGAGACGUUCAUUCUUCUUUAUCCAAUACAGACGUGUCCACCAUGCUGUUGAGUCCACAGGAAAGCAUUGUUUCUUCAGUGGUUGCAUCAACCAAUAUUGUUGAUCCUGGCAUCCUGCACGAGGACACUUCUUUCACACCUACAUCGCCUACGUUUGCAGAUGGUGAGUCGGUAACCAGGCAAGCAUCUACUCCAUCUUCGCUCGUGAUCGAUAGGGAACAGAUUCGCCGACACUUGGCGCCAGGCCAAGCGAGCGUGCUCAACAGACAAUCCUCUGCUGUCGUAGGCUUACCAAACAUAAACAGCACUAUCAGUCAGACAUCUAGCAAACGUGACGUGGAAAGUACGACUGUGGCAGAAGAAAGUAGAGUCGACAGGCUUGAUCUCCAAGAGUAUUCUGCCCAGCUUGACUUUCCUCAUGACUCAGACCAAUUCUCCAUUCGAUCUGAUCUUCCAGGCAGCAGCAGUCCAUCACUAUCCAUUCCUCCUUCAAAAUCACGUAGUCGGCCGUCGAUGAAAAAGAUUAUAUGGAAUUAAACCAUUUUAUUUAAUGCUUCUACAAUCCUCCACCUUCUCAUUUCUUUUGCUACAGGAAGAAAAUAGUUUAUCAGAUGAUGUAGUUGCUCCUUUGAUGUCACUCGAUAUUUUGCAUCUGACAGUAGUGACAUGAGUUUGGUUUCGUUAUAAGGGCCUGAUAACAUCUGUCGUAGUAUCGC